AAUGUAAUCAUAUGGACAGUUAUAGGCACUAAUGUAUCAGUAUUUCUAAUGUGGCAGUAUGCUAUAUCAAGCUACCAACAAUUUCAAGACCCUCGAUGGCUGAAGUUUAUGAUGAAGAACUUCAUGGUUCAUGUAGAUUCUGUAUCCAGUGGGCGAUGGCAUAAUCUUUUGGCAGCUUCUGUAUCGCACAAGGAUACUACUCACCUUGGAGUCAAUAUGCUGGUUUUAUACACAAUGGGCAUGGGAGUCAUUGAAGCCAUUGGCGCAUCUCGGUUUUUACUUCUCUAUGGUGCUUCGGGUAUUGCCUCUUCGUUAGCUCAUAUUGGAUACCAGAAAUACAUUCUACCCAGGUUGCAAAAACGGCCUCUUCCCCAAACCAUAGGUUCUCUCGGAGCUUCGGGAUCGGUCAUGGGCAUUACAACAUUUUUUGCGUGCGCCUUCCCUAAAGCUACUUUUUUGGUCUUCUUCAUUGUGCCAAUGCCAGCUAUUGCCGUAGUAGGGUUGUUUGCAGCAUACGACAUAUAUAAAGCUUCUACAGUCACCUAUGGUACAAUCGAUAGUGCAGGUCACAUAGGAGGGGCAAUGUAUGGUGCGGCGUACUGGUUCCUUAGA